CCGGGCGGUGCAGGGGGCGGCCGCGGCCCCUCCGCGCUCAUGCCCGGCCCGGCCGGCGAACGCUGGGUUCGCGGCCCCGCGCCUCGGCGGCUGCUCCGCGGGCGGCGAGGCUGCUGCUCGGGGCCGCGCGCGAGCUCUGGCGCCUUCUCUCUCCCCGUCGGUCCGCCCGCUGGGUUGGGCUCGGCUGGAGCACCCCGGCCGCGGCGGAGCCUGCGCUCUCCUCUUCCCGAGUCUCCUCCUCCCCGGCCCGCCGCCCUCUGGAGCCUCCGGGCCCCGCUGGCUCCUGCCCCUGCUCCCGGCGCGCACGUCACCGGCGCGAAUGAGCAUGCGCCCCGCGGCCGCAGCCCCCGCCCGCCCCGCGCCCACACCCGCGCUCGCACCCGCGCGCCAGCCCUGCCCCCUCACGCCUCGGCCCGGGCCCCAGACCCUGGGGGUAGAGGGCAGAGGUCAGAGGCCGCGGGGAGGAACCCCUGUUGCUUCCGCCUCCCGGGGCGCAGGCGCGGGGCGCGGCGGGAAAGGGGCUCCGCACUGGGGGAACCCGGAGUCUCAGCCAGGGUCCCAGGGCUUCCUUCGCGGGUUCCUGAGGGAAAACUUUUCUCCUCCUCCCGGAAGCCUCGAUGGAGCAGUGGCUGCCCCUGCUUCCGAAACCCAGUGGCUUCCAGGGCCUGGCCUCUGGUCCUCUGGCCCCAAAGCUGCGACAGCGGAAGACACUUAGGUGGCUUGAGGGGUUGGUGAACCACAGAGGAGUUCAGCUUCGCCUGGUCUCCAGCUCCCCGUGGCGUGUCCUUAAUGCUGCUGGCUUUGAACUGGGCUGAGAAGUAUUUACCACACAAGCGCUACCAUGUCCAUCCCAGAGAAUGCCUCUGUUUUCCCUAGGGUGGCCUGGCCCGGGGAACAAGCACUUUGUUCUCUAAAUCCACCCAGCCUUGACUUAAUUGAGGUACUUGGUUUCCAACUUCCUGUCUUACUGCCAUAGAUAAUCACUGAUGAAACCAGACAGGCAACACCUUUUGGUGCCUGUGGAGAAGGCUGCCCCGUCUGGGUCUUAGGAAUGCAGUUGAAUAUGAAUGUUCUCCCGAGUGCUUGCGGAAAAGAAAUGGUGUUGGCCACCUUUUAGACGAGUAGAAAUGAGUACUAGUGAACAGUAAUCGUAGUGACUAAACAGUAAACGGCUCCCAUUUCUUGUCGUCCAAGUCACCGAUUCUCCAUUUUCCAUCCCAGCCUGUCCUGCUCCGGCCUGCCCUGAGCUCAGGAAGCUGGUGGUCCCCCUCAGUGGAUCUUCACCCACAGGGGCACCUGCUGCAGACCAGGUAGGAGAGAGGCAGGGGCCUCCUCCCCCUUCCUUCCCGCCUGCCCCUACAUCCGCCAGUGUUGGUUUACCUCUGCGGCCAAGAUUCUUCCUGGGUGCCCGUUCCAUUGCAUAACUCCUCCAGGCUCUACGAACAGAACUUAUCCCUGUCCCCAAGCCUCUUAGGGUGAAACAUGUUGUCGGUCUGCCAUUGUUUCUGGUCCCUAAAUAGCAGCACCCUUUGAAGGAUCCUUGAAGCAUGACCUCACCGCAACAAACAGUCCCUUCAUCAAACUCCCUUCCAAUCCCCUCCCAAGAACACCUUCAGUUUCCUGCAAGAAGCCUGACUGCUGGAGCCGGAUUUUGACUAAGCUUCCACCUUAUAAACUGUGACUGUGGGAUUGGGGUCGAGGCGCAAACAGAGGUUGUAUAAGGCACUAUAUCAAGGCUGCCUGCCUGUCAGGAGUGUCUGCUUUUUUCAAUGGUAAAUGCGAAUUAUUUUUCAUUCUGUGGCGAAUACUACAGGGCAGCAGCCAUGCCCUCUCUAUCCUUGCUGGCUCAGGUAUCCACCCUCUGUGUGGCUAAGGGUAAACUCUGUCUCUUUUGAGAAAAUCUUGGUAGCUCCAUUUCUCUUUCCAAUGAUUGGCUUCAAACAAGCUCAAGUCAAUGAGUCCCAACAGGAAGCCUGCUGGGGGUUGUCUGGCCAAGGUUUUCUCACUCCUACAGGAACAUAAAGAGGAAAUGCUCCUUUUUCCCUGGCGGAUGUUGCAUUCCCUGUCUGGAUGCAAUGCCUGGUGCUCCACAACCCUUUGCACCCACGAGAGAAGGUGGCCGGAAGAGCAUCUUCACUCUGGCCGCCUGGGAAGAUGAGAAGAGCAGGAGUCCUCGGCACAAUCAGGCAAUUCACCAAAAUCCUGCUGCCCUCACCUGGAAUUUCCUGCUAUGAGAGAUGUCUUCAUUUAAACCACAUGAGCUGUAUUUUCUAACACAUGUCAGCAUCUCCGUGGUAAGUCUAAGGAAAAAAAUCAUCAGAACUAUUAAAAAACAAAGUCCAACUCACCCUGUGCUAUGGUUUGAAAGUGUCCUCCCAAAUUCACAUGUGGAAAUCUAAUCCCAAAGACCUAAUCACUAAUCCCAAAUAUUAAGAGGUGGGGGCCUUGUGAGGUGAUUAGGAAUGGGAUUAGUGACCUUUAAAACAGGUUUUUGGGAGCCUGCUUGCCCUUUCUGCCAUAUGAAGACGCUUAGAAGAGGCCUUGAGAACAUGAGGGAGAGAACUUUUCUCAGAUGCUAGAUCUGCUGGAACCUUGAUCUUGGAUUUCUCAGCCUUCAGAACUGUGGGAAGCAAACUUCUGUGUGUAUGAAUAGCCAUCUAAAGGAUUUUGUUACAGCAGCCUGAGCAGACUAAGACACCCUGUGAGUCAGUUAUUUUUGGCUGUGUCAUGAGUGACCGUGAGUGCAGGAGCUGAAACAACAGUGAGGGGGUUCCCAUCUCUCGGGACCCUGUGGAAUUGGCGAGAUGGUGCUUCUGCUCCACCUGGUGUUGGCUGGGAUUCUCCUGCAGCUGCAUUCUUCUGGGGGCUCAGCUGGGGCUGGAAGGUUCCUGUGGCUCUAAUCACAUAGCUGGGAUCUCAGCUUGGGUGAUAAAACACUGGGGACAGGCCGGCCUUGCUGUCUCUCUCUCUGGCUUCUCAUCAUUCAAUGGUCUAGCCUGAGUGUUUACAUGGCAACCCAGGAGGGUCAAUGUGGACACUAUACAGCCUGUAAGGCCUGGGUUUGGAAGUCUGAGAAUAUGACUUCUACCUUGUUCUGUUGGUGAAUAUAAAUUCCAAGUCCACUAGAUUCAAGAGAUAAGGACAUAGAUUUCACUUAUUAAUGGGAGGAUCCCAUGUACAGACAGGGAUCCUUAUGAGGGAUUAUGAGAAUUCCUUCUAAUCCUUAUGAGGGAUUAUCAUGCAGGGAAUUUAUGGGGGAUUAUCUUUGGGAAUAAUCUACCAUAGACUGACUCAACGAUAAUGUAAUGUG